GGGACGCGGCUGGGAGCCGGCUCGGCCUGCGCCUCUCGCUCGCUCGGUCGGGGCUGGAAGCGCCCAACCACCGGCCGGUGCGUGUGCGGGACGCGCUCCCCCGCCCUCGUCCCUGGGCGCUGACCGAGCCGGCAACCAUGGUGCCGGCCCAGCUGCUGCUCUCUCAGGCCGUACAUGGCCGGGGAGGCUAUGAUUCUGAUUUUAGUGAUGAUGAGAGUGGAGAGAAAUCUGACCAAAGGAAUAAAAGGACAAGUAAUGAAGAUGCCCUACUCGUAAAACCAUUCCAGAAAGUAAAACAGGUCAAGGUGGCUGACAGACAAAUUGCAGCAGAAGAAUGGGAUAGGGAAGAAGCAAGAAAUAGGAGAUUUCAUCUGAUAGCCAUGGAUGCUUAUGCAAGACAUAAAAAGUUUGUGAAUGACUACAUUUUAUACUAUGGCGGCAAAAAGGAGGACUUCCGACGUUCAGGAGCAGGUGACAAGACAGACCUUGAUGUUGUAAGAGAAAACUAUAGAUUCCUGUGGAAAGAGGAAGAUGCAGUGGACAUGAAUUGGGAAAAGAGACUGGCAAAGAAAUACUAUGAUAAAUUAUUCAAAGAGUAUUGUAUAGCAGAUCUGAGUAGAUACAAAGAGAACAAGUUUGGAUUUAGAUGGAGACAUGAGAAAGAAGUAGUUUCAGGAAAAGGUCAGUUUUCCUGUGGAAAUAAGCACUGUGAUGAGAAGGAAGCCCUGAAGAGCUGGGAGGUGAAUUUUGGGUACAUUGAAUAUGGUGAAAAGAGGAAUGCGCUUGUGAAAUUGAGAUUGUGUCCACAAUGUUCCUGCAAAUUAAAUUUUCAUCACAGGAGGAGAGAAGUCAAAUCAAACAAGAAAAGACAGAGAACAGAACAAAACUCUGAAGACCCCAAAAGUAGGAAGUCAAGAUUAUCUCAUUCAGAAAAACACAGAUCUAAGAGAAAGAAACAGAAAGAUCAAGUUUCCUCAGAUGAUUCAGAUGAUUUUGAUAACGACCCAGGUGGCAGUGAAGAGCAAGAUGUUCCUUCAGACGCUGACUUUUGGAAGGGUCCUCUACUGGAGACAGAUGAAAAAUCACGGGAGGAAGAGUUUGAUGAGUAUUUUCAAGACUUGUUUCUCUGAAAAUCCAUGUGGAAACCUAGAUUAAAUUCUUCUUGAAUUGUCAUGAUUCAUAUCUGAAUCCCAAAUCAGAUUUAGGAAUGUAUAUAUAUUUUUUUCUAUAAAAAUUCCAUUAAAGCCACUGCUCCUACAAUUGACUGUCCAUGGACACAUACCCGUGCUUGCAUAGAGCAUCACUGAUUUCACUGGGACAUGCCCAUGUUUGGUCAGUUGCAGGAUUGGGGCAUAAGCAGUUUCUCUUGGAAGAUGAUAGAUACCCUGUACAUUAAUGAAGAAUGACAUGUAACAUACCUGGUUACAAUUUAUUUUCAGCUGAGUGCAUUGUAAAGUACAAAUCUAAAAAAUUAUAGAAGACCCUGCACAUUAAUCUCAAAAGAAGGUGACAAGGAGACAUAUCAGAAUGGAGUUUACUGAUAGAGUGCAGUGUUUUCACAACAAUCAGAUGCAUGAAGUACUUUCUUCCAUGCUGAGCUUUCUAGUUACGUGUUUUAAAGGCAUAUUCUAGUUGACUCCCUGUUCUGUAUUUACUACUAAACUCUUAAUAAAAUAUGUAUAGUUCUCUCUUAAAUCUAUUAAACCAUGCAGCAAAGUGUUCGUGGAUUUAAAUUAAUCAGUCACCCAGUAUUUAAGAUUCAGACAUCUAUAUGUGUAAAUCUUUUUGAAAUAUUGAUACUGAAGUUUCUGAUUCUAUAAAACUUAUUUUGUUUGGCCUAAGUAAAUCUUUUCUUCCUAAAAUUGGUGAUGAUGUUUUCUUUAAUUUUUUGUAAGCAUUAGUUCACUGUUACCCUCCUCAUUUUAAGUCUUUAUUUUAAAUGUUGUUUGAUUGCCAGUCCCAUGGGCACUCCACUAGUAGUUUGGGAUGUUAGUUUCUCACAUAUGUUUUAAUAAAUAAGGUACGUGGUUUGCCUCUGGGAAAUGUA